AUGACGUACAAAUGCGCUGUGGCACAUGUGCCAUUUGGUGGCGCCAAGGGUGGCGUAAAGAUCGAUCCAAAAAAGUAUACAGAGUACGAAAUUGAAAAAAUCACUCGUCGCAUGACAGUAGAAUUUGCGAAGAAGGGCUUUUUGGGUCCUGGACUGGAUGUUCCGGCGCCGGAUAUGGGCACCAGCGAGCGUGAAAUGAGUUGGAUCGCCGACACUUACGCACAGACUGUGGGCUAUACCGAUAAGGAUGCUCAUGCUUGUGUAACCGGAAAACCAAUCGUUGCUGAAGGUACCUGUUUUUUGAUAUGCCUGCAGAGGCGCGCACCAGCGUGGCCAGUUUCUCUGUUUUAG